AUCAAAUUUCAAUCAAGACUCACUGUCUAAUUUUAGUCCCCUAAAUUGGCUCCUCUCAAAGGACCAACUUAGAACUAAUAAUCCCACCAAAUUCCUCUGACCAUUUUGUGCAAUAAAUGUAUGGAUCCAAUCAAGGGUGAAAAGCUUCGAGCCAUGAAGAGUUACAAGAAGCAGAACAACAGUCAAAUUUUUUACAGUCUUAUUGUUCAUUUGCUUAUUGCAAUAGCAUGCUGUUUACUUUGUUCGUACUCUCAUUGGUUUCCUUCUCUCUACACUGCCAAACACUUGUUGUUUAUGUCUCUUCCAAAUUCUUGGUCCGGGUUCUUUAACCCCAGGUGCCUUUUCAUUGUGGUCAAUUUCAUAGUAGUCUUCCUUAUUGGAGAAUCGAGGCUCAGCGGCAGGCAAUCAUCUCCCGCGAAUGAGAUGUACAACGAGUAUGUUGAGAGAACUCGAAGUCUCAGGGCGCCAACCUCAAUGUUUCAAGAGAAGAAAGAAGAGAGGACCGAACUGCCGAUAUUGAGUCAGAAGGAGGACAAUGCGAAGAUACUUGAAGAGAAGGAAGUUGAUGAAACUAAAGAAGAUAAGCAUGAAGUUGAUCAGGACGAAGACUUUAAAGAAUGUGAGGGAACUGAUGAAGAAGAAAAAGAAGAAGAAAUAGAGAAAAAAGAGGAAGAAAUAGAACAAGAAAAAAAGGAGGAGGAGGAGGAGGAGGAGGAGGAGGAGGCAGCUGGAAUUCCUGCUGAAGAACUAAACAAAAGAGUUGAAGCCUUUAUUGCAAGGGUAAAUAAGCAAAGGUCGCUGGAAGCUAGAUUUUUGGUUUGUGGUAAAGCUUGAUUAGUAUGUUGGGUACCCAAAAUUGAGACUCGGUUGAUUAGUUGGGGUAAUUAUUGGUUUUGUUUUUCUUUUCGUCUUUUGGGUACUUUGAAAAACUUUGGUAAAUUAUUGAUGUUAUUGAUUACAUAAUAACAAUUUACUAG